ACAUAUAAAAAAUGUGCAAAUUGUUAUCACAUUACUUACUUCUAUCAUUAAUUUAAUUUCAUCCUUACUGAUAAAGGAAAUUUAGUUACGGUCUUUUCUCAUCGUUUACUAUUUGAAGAUGACGGCCGCUACACCGGUGAAAACAUCAUGUAUAUUCUGUAACAUUGUUAACAAGUUAGAAAACACUGAAAUAUUGUAUGAGGAUAAUGAAGUUUGUGUUUUCCGGGAUAUAAAACCGGCCAGUCGAUAUCAUAUACUUACAGUGCCAAAACGACAUAUUCCAGAUGCGAAAUCACUUACUUCUGCUGAUAAGGAGUUAGUGACCCAUAUGCUGUCGGUGGCUAAAGAUCAAAUAGUCAAGAACGAGCUAUCGUUAGAGGACGCAAGGUUCGGAUAUCACUGGCCCCCCUUCACCAGCGUCAAACAUCUACAUUUACAUGCAAUAGCACCAGAGUCUGAGAUGGGGUUCUUGGCUAAACUCGUAUUCAAAAAGGAUUCAUAUUGGUUUGUCUCUCCCGAGUACGUCAUUUCAAGGCUAUGAUGAAGUUAUUGCGGGUUCCGGUUUAUUGUGAUAUAUUUUGUCUGUCUGUCUUCUGGUGCUAUUAAUCAUCAUCAUCUUCCUGCCCUUCAGCCAUUGAAAAAUGCAAGAUUGGAGUUCGACAAUUUAGUCCAUAGUAAUGUAUUUGUGGGGUUGAAGUUAGGGUUGUAAGGGGUUUUUGGCGUCCAUAUAAGUUUCAUCAUCAUCAUCUUUCCACCCUUUAGUCAUUGAAUGAUACAAGAUUGGAGUUCGCCGUCCCCCCUCUGAUUUAGUACAUUAGUAACGGACUUAUGAGGGGGGGGGGUUGAAGUUAGGGUUGUGGGGGAGAUUUUCUCGUUCAUUAAGGCCUAUAAAAAUUUAGAACACAAGCCUUAUAGCUUAUUUCUACAUUUGCUCGCCUUUCUGACAUUUCCUCUAUUUGGUAUUUUUUUUUAUGUAAUUAUUUUAGUAAGUAAUUACAGUUUUCUAAGUAGCUUUGACGUAGUCUAGUGUUUUGAGUAGUCAUGCUCACUAAAAUGUCCAGACUUGUGGCGGCGUGGUGGCCCG